UUUGAAAUUCAUAAUCAAUGACAACUGACGUAAGCAGUAGUGCCAACAUAAUCUUUGACACAAGAAUUGAUAGCUUGCCUGUGUUAUAUUUGUGCACAAAAUAUAAUAUAAAACAAAUUUCAUUUUCGAAUUUAUUUUAAUUACAAUGAUUGUAAUACGUGUUAAACUAGAAAACGGUUUUCGUAAAGGAGAUGCUAACAAUAUACCAGUUAUUCACAGCGGUAUGGUUUGUAGUUUUGUAACGAAAACGGCAGCUAAAAAUAAGCAACCGGUCAGCGGAGCGCCUAUGUUUGCACAAAACGAUGAUUUGCUUAUUGACUAUGUACAAGUCCGUACAACUGGAGAUGUGUGUGAGGCACGUGCCAUUGCAUUUAAUAAAGAUAAAAGAAUUGUUAGCAAACAGGCAAAUGUUACUAUCAAGGUGAAUUUACGAAAAGAAGAAAUUUUUUCAGCCGAAUGUGAACAAUGUCCAAAAAAAGAUUCAUGCAGUCACAUAAUGGCGUUUAUCUUUUGGCUGUAUCGUAAGAGUACAGAUACUGAUACACCUGCUAUACGCAACUUUUGGGGUACUGAAGCAGAAUUAUUAGUAGAAAGUGGACGAAGUGAGGCAGUCCGUAUUCGUGAUGAAGUUGGUUGUGAUGAUUUGCGUAUUGAGGCCGAUAUGGAAGUAUCUGCUGUGACCGAUGGAGAAGGAAAUGCAUUCUUAAAUGCUGUAUUGGAUAGUAUGUUUAAUCAGGGAUUAGAUAGUUCAUUGUUCUACAGUCAUUGUAGGCCAGAUCAUAACGAAUUUGAACCAUUAUUUGUACAUCAUACAUUGCUAGAUUCUAAUUCUAACAAAGUUAAAGACGUAACCAGCUUUCUUGUGCAUAUGGAAGAGGUUGCAAAAAAGGGUUUAUUUGAGCGAUUAAACGAAGCUACAAGAACAAGUUACAAAUCACACUUAUGGCUAGAAUCUCAAUAUAUGCGACUUCGCUGCUCAUUAAUUCAUAGAAUUGUUACACGUAAAAGCAGCGCUGAUGAUGAUCGUAUUAUGGAAAUGCUUUUUUGUAAAGAUCGUGAAACAAAUUGUGAAGAACGUCAACAAUUAAAACAACAUAAACGCUUUAUAUUAAAGCAGACUGAAAAACUUGAAAACAAAACCUAUGAAGAUUGUGGUCUCAUAUUAAGUGAAAAUUAUCCAUACAUAUCUGCUUCACCCGAUGGCAUAACAGAUGAUCAUAUCGUAGAAAUUAAAGCGCCUAAGACUGAAGAAGAAUUUGAAAAAUAUCUUGAAAAAAGAGAAACAAUUGCACCAAAAUAUAUGGCACAAAUUCAAAUACAAAUGUAUAUGGCUAAUGUCACAAAAGCACUCUAUUGUGUCCUCAGUCCAACAUUUGAUACAACUGGUGCUUUGCAUUAUGUUUGGGUACAAGCUGAUAUGGAAUUUGUAGCUGGAUUGUUGGGUGCCGUGGAAGAUUUUUGGAAGGAUGUCGUAUUUCCUCGGCUUGUGAAGGUUUACAAUUUACCUGAUUAAUACAUAUUUAAAGUAAUAAUAAUUCUAAUAAAGGUUCAAUUUGGAACAAAAUAUUACUAA